AUGCUGUUGCUGUGGGCUGUUUUGUUCGCACUCCAGGUCCGUCAGCGUUUCGGUGCCCUCCAGGCCAGCGUGGCCGGGCGCAUUGCCCCCUUGGAGUCGAUACAAGCCAAAGAUCGCUUGGACUGGGUCCAGCUACCGGGGAGGCUUUUGGGCCGGUGCGAGCUGCCCAAAGGCUACACAGCGGGGUGCAAGCCUCUUCUGCUGGAGCGGGUGCACAAUGUGAGGGAAUGCCUGGGCGUCUUGGGCAUGACCGAGGGGGACACCAUCAACUACAAAGGAGGAGAGGUGAGCCUCUCCUGGGCCACCCCCAGGUGCUUCUCACCCGCCUUGGCCUUCCAGGAAGGCCAAGAUGAGCUAGUCUUGACGACCACCUAUGGCCCCAUGGAGGUCUACAGCGUUCUUUGUGAAGCCUUGAAAGACCUGCCCGGCCUCAGCACCAGCCGAUCAAAACGGAUAUAUGUUGGCAAGGAGGAGGAUUACUGGACAACGUCCGCUGAAAUGAAGCAGGACCUUCGAAGUUUCUUCAUGCCCUUGGCUGCCAACUGGACCGUUUUGGAGCCCGGAGGCUGGGAAGCUACCGUGGCUACACUACCCGGGUAA